AUGGAUAUUGACACCAAUGUACCUAGUAAGGAAACCGAGAACAGGACCUUGAAGCCAUUUGAACAGCCACGAAUCGAUAGCUCACAGAUGCUCCGCCAGAAACGCUCACCAGAGUUUGCCUCGCUGUAUAAUCAGUUUGCAGUGCUAUAUGAACGAUAUCAGUUAUGGGAGCGUGAAUUUGGAGGAGUACGCUUCUGGGAUACCCUCCCCUCAGAUGAUUUUAUGGAACUGAGACGGUACAGAUCACAUGUAGACGCUGGUGAAAAGUUGGCUUCUGAGAUUAGUCACUUGCUUCUUCGACAGCUGCCAGAGAAACAAGUAGACUUCAAACUUAUGUACUUUGAAGCUUGUAUAAUGCAGAAGCAGAUAGGGAAAGAUUAUUUUAUUGAAAUACCUACUUUCACAAUCUCAUUGGGUUUGAGCGUCAAGUGCACCUACUUUAGCGCUGAAAGGUCGCCAACAGUCGCCAACAGUCGCCAAAAUCCUGACCCAGUUUUCUGA